AUGAAGAAGAGGGGAACGAAAACCAAAUUAACGGUGACCGAUCUUUUGAAAACACCGUCGCCGGUGGCUUCUCCGGCGGAUGAGUCUCCGAAAUCGGCGAUUUUCUCGAGAGCGGCUUCUACCUCCAAGGGCGUCAAGAGAGUAACCGUUGCUCUGGCCAGCAGCACUUCUCCACCUCGCGGUCACAGGGCUCCGAACAACAUCUCCGACCUCAAGAACCUCGCCUCUUCAGGUGUUGACGAUCUCAAGCGCCGGAUCGAUCGCUCUCACUCUGAGAUCCUCAAGGAUCUCGAAGCUUCUCAUUCGCGUCUCCACAAGCGUUUCAAGAUGCAGACUCAAGCAUGCCAGCAAGUAAUGGAUGAAGCAGAGAAGGAAUACAAAAAAGUCUCUGGAUGGAUUACGGAAAGCCGAGAAGCAAUGAAGGCUUCUUAUGAAGAGUUCAUGGCAGAUGCACAGGCCAGCGCAACUCGUGCAUGCAAAACUUCUAUCGCGGAGCUCUCGCAGUCAUCUGAGAAGGCCAUUGACUCUCUUCGAAACCGUUAUGGAAUCUCAACAAAUUGA